CCCACCUCUGAGCACCGUUCCUUGCACUGUUCCUUGGUUCCACCCCCUACCCACCUUCAAGCACCAUCCCUUGAUUCGACCCCCCACCCACCUCCGAGCACUGUCCCUUGGUUCCACCCACCUCUGAGCACUGUCCUUGGUUCCACCCCAUACCCACCUCUGAGCACCAUCCCUUGGUUCCAACCCCUACUCACCUCCAAGCACCAUCCCUUGGUUCCAAACCCCUACUCACCUCCAAGCACUGUCCGUUGGUUCCACCCCCUACCCACCUCUGAGCACUCUCCCUUGGCUCCACCCACUACCCACCUCUGAGCACUGUCCCUUGGCUCCACCCACUACCCACCUCUGAGCACUGUCCCUUGGUUCCACUCCCUACCCACCUCCGAGCAC